AUGACCUCCAAAAACGUUCUAAUUAUCGGUGCGAACCGAGGCAUUGGCCUCAACCUUUUGAAAGCCUUUCUGGCUCGGUCAUGGAAUGCCACCGCGACCAUCAGGCCACAAAGCCGCAAUGACCCAAGCAUUUCUGAUCUGAAAAAGACCGGUGCCAAGAUUCUCGAGAUAGACUAUCUCGUUGAAGAGACUAUCGAGAAUGCUGCCAAAGCCUACGGCGAUAAGCCACUUGAUAUCCUCAUCAACGUGGGCGGUCUUCCUCCUCACCCAAAGCCAUGGGUUGAGCAGUCCAGCGAUCUAAUGGUGGAAAGAUUCCGUGUGAUGGCCGUGGGACCAUUUCUAGCGAUCAAACACUUCUUGCCAAGUCUAGAGAAGGCCAAAGAGCCCAAGGUCAUAAAUAUCUCGUCAUCCUUUGGUUCAAUUUCAACAAACUCGUUUGGCACAUGCAUGGCUUAUCGCACCGCCAAGGCUGCUCUGAACCAAGUGUCUGUGACCUUGGCUCGCGAGUGGAAGGAUGAAGGUCGCAAGACAACUAUCGUCUGCUUUGAGCCGGGGUUUUUAUCGACACGAUUAACAAAUUGGGAUGGUGAGGAUGACAUGGAAACAUCUAUUGCGGGCUUAAUGAGCGUCAUUGAAUCGGUGACGCCGCAGGACAGCGGUGGUUUCAUGAAGUGGGACGGCACUAAGAUCCCAUUCUGA